AUGAGGCACCUUAUGCAGUCGCAUGGUGGUCUUACUUCAAUUCUAGCAGUGUCGAUCCUAAUCCUCUUCAUGGUUCUUGUGAGACUGUUGACCGCCUGGUGGAUUUUGCCACUCCUAGUUCAAAGGAAGCUGAGGAAAAAUGGGUUUGGGGGUCCAACCCCAAGUUUUCCUCUAGGGAGUAUCAUAAAGAUGAAAAAGAGGAGUAACGUUUCUGAGGCAUCUUUGUCGAAGCAGCUGAUAACUCAUGAUAUUCAUUCCACUGUGUUUCCUUACUUCGCUGAGUGGCAAAAAUUGCAUGGGAAGGUGUUCAUCUACUGGCUAGGCACUGAGCCGUUUCUCUACAUCGCAGACCCCGAAUUUCUUAAAAAGACGUCUGUCAUAGUUAAGGGUAAAAAUUGGGGAAAGCCCGAUGUGUUCAAAGUGGAUAGGAAGCCAAUGUUUGGUAAUGGUCUUCUAAUGACCGAAGGUGAUGAGUGGGUUCAACGCAGACACAUCAUAACUCCAGCAUUUUCUCCAUCCAAUCUCAAGGAAAUGACCAACAUCAUGGUGGAAUCCACCAAGAGAAUGCUAACAAAGUGGGUUGAUCUCACAAGCUCUGGCCAUGCAGAAGUUGAUGUGGAAUGCGAGAUUACGGCAACAGCUGGGGAAAUCAUCGCUCAAUCAAGCUUUGGCAUAGGCCCCCACGAAUGCACCAAAGUUCUUGAAAAGUUAAGAGCCCUACAAGUUGCUCUCUUCAGGACCAACCGCUGUGUAGGGGUACCCUACAACAAUCUUAUGUACCCUAAGCAUGCCCUAGAGGCCAAAAGGCUUGGGAAUGAAAUCGAUGAUCUCUUAAUGGCCUUCAUAAUGGAGCGGAGGAAGAGUGCGGACACCAGAAAUGAGUCCAGGGAUUUACUCGGGGUGUUGAUCCAAGAAAGUCACGUUGAAGAUAACAAAAGGCAGAGGAAGAAGUUAGCUACAAGAGAACUAGUGGACGAAUGCAAGACGUUCUUCUGGGGCCAUGAAACGACAGCGUUGGCUCUCACCUGGACGCUGUUUCUCCUGGCAUUAUAUCCAGAGUGGCAGAAGCAAUUGAGAGAAGAGAUUGAAGAAGUAGUAGGAGAUAAAGAUUUCGAAGUCGCCAUGCUUGCUGGACUUAAGAAGAUGGGAUUGGUGAUGAAUGAGGUUUUACGCCUAUAUAGUCCAGCCCCGAAUGUACAAAGGCAGGCAAGGGGAGACAUUUGGGUCGAUGACAUGAUAAUUCCCGAUGGCACGAAUAUAUGGAUUGAUGUCGUGUCCAUGCACCACGACCCAACUUUAUGGGGUGAUGACGUGAAUGAGUUCAAGCCAGAGAGGUUUGACGGCGACAGCCAAGGGGGAUGCAAGCACAAGAUGGGUUUUUUGCCGUUUGGGUUCGGAGGGCGAAUGUGCAUUGGCCGAAACUUGAUGAUGAUGGAAUACAAGGUUGUUCUAUCCUUGGUCCUCUCUAGGUUUUCCUUUUCUCUCUCGCCAAAUUACUGUCAUUCUCCUUCAAUAAUGCUCUCUCUUAGACCAGCUUGUGGAUUGCCCCUGAUCGUGCAACCUCUUUAGACAAGGAAGGCCACUCCUUAUGUGAACUUGAGUUUAUUCUGUCUA